UCAUUGGGUGGCUGUGACGGACAAAGUGAGCCAAGAGAGACAUAACAGGGAAAUAGACUAUGAUUGGAUGCCACUGAUGGAGUAAAAGACUAAAGCAGCUUGUGAAUUUUCUUAGUUGUCAUGGGCCCCUGGGGGUUGAUCAAGUGGCACAACUGACUCCCACAGAAAAGGACAGAAGACCCAAGAAGAAACAACAAAAGAAACACAAGCGACAAGAAGUAACAAAGAGCAACACGGCUUUUUAUACAUAAGAGCGCAAGAGAGCCAGAGUGAGGAGCACGGGGGGAGACGCUCCACUGAGUCUCAGAGGUUUCAAGAAAGCGGAGAAGGUGACCAACAAGAUCCAUACAUCUAUCCAUCCUACAUAAAGCACUGAUCGUCAUCCAUCCAACGAGGGACGAAAGGCCGGAGAAAUGAAGAGACCUCAUGACUACAGCUCCCCGGACUCAGACACAGACGAGUUCAUUGACGUGGGACAAGAAGACAGCUAUUGCCCAGUCACUGGGUCCAUGUCUCCAGGCAGCGCCUCACAAAUUCUGGCCAGAAAGAAGAGAAGAGGGAUCAUAGAGAAAAGGCGCAGAGACCGAAUCAACCACAGCUUGUCAGAGCUGCGGAGGCUGGUACCCAGUGCUUUUGAGAAACAGGGUUCCUCAAAGUUGGAGAAAGCAGAGAUUCUGCAGAUGACUGUGGACCAUCUCAAAUUGUUGCAUGCCAUGGGAGGAAAAGGAUACUUUGAUGCGAGAGCUCUUGCAGUCGACUACAGAACCCUGGGCUUCAGAGAAUGUGUUGGAGAGGUGGUUCGGUACCUUAGCUCAAUGGAGGGGGAAUCCCCAGACCCGAUUGGAGCUCGCCUCGUUUCCCAUCUCUCCCACUGUGCAAGUGAGCUAGACCCCCUCUUCCUACAGUCAGCCCCUUCUUCCACCAUGCCUAUUUCUCCUUGGCCGUGGGCCCCUUUCCCUCAGCUCGCCCCAGGCUCGCCAGCCCCGUCCUCGCCUCCAUUCCCUGGUGGGCGAAGAGAGCUCGCCCUACUGGGGAGCUACCCAUCACCUGCCUCCCUCCGCCUUGCCCCUCUGGCUGGCUGCCAGCAAGGCGCACCACCGCUCCUCGCACCAGCAGCUCUGGCCUCUGUCCACAGGGUGACCUCCCUCACGGCGUCUCCAUCCCUGGGCUCCUCCAGACCAACUCAACCGUCUCCUCACAGCACCACCAGGGCCUCACCUCUACCUCCCCAAACUCCCUCCUCUUCUUCUUCUUCUACACCCUCCUCUACAUCAUCAUCUUCUGCCCCUCCACAAGUCUCUUUCAGGCCCUUUGCACCCCUGGGGUCUCCCACAGCCCAACGCAGGGGCUUGAGUGGCUCAGCCAAGGCUGGUCCAGGAUGGGGGACUGAGAUUGGAGCUUUUUGAGGAUCAACUUUAAUUUUCUUUUCCAAACAAACUUUUUAAAGUGGUCAUGGAGCUCCAAUGUGCUCCUAUGUAGCAAGUAUGGGGGACAUUGAACUUUGAUGACUGUCUCUGCUUUUAAGGGGCACUAAAAGCCAUAUCAGAGGAUGAGUGAAGUUUCACAUGAUUACAAUCACAUAUGAUGGAAUAAUGAAGGAAUGUAAAGGAAUAGAUUAGAAUGCUUCAUAUUCUUGCUUGACAUUUAUACACACAGUGUCCAGCAGAGCCAUACAGUAAUAAGCUCAACAUUGUGAGGUUGAGUUUUUACUGAUCUUUGAACUGUGAUAUUUCUUUUAUUUUCUCUAAAACAUUUAUACAUUUGAUCACACUUUCCAUUUCUGAAGAUUGUUUGAUAAAAGCUCUUUAAAGACAACAUGC